GGCAAGUUCAUUCUUAUAAGGGAUCAAAAGCGCCCGGCUUACUCCCAGAUCUUCCAAGAAACUUCCUCUGACAGAAACCCCGCGUCUUUCUAUGCGCUUUCUUUAAAAUUCCCACUCCCCUUUCUCACCAUGUCGGAUCGCGAGUUCAGUUCGAACGAUGACCUGUCGCUUCCUAAAGCUACGGUCCAGAAAAUCAUCACCGAGAUCCUCCCCCCAUCGUCCGGCCAGACAUUCUCCAAGGAUGCACGCGACUUGCUUAUGGAAUGCUGCGUUGAAUUCAUCACCCUGAUCUCCUCCGAGGCCAACGACAUCAGCGAGAAGGAGGCCAAGAAAACAAUCGCCUGCGAGCAUGUGGAGCGGGCUCUACGCGAUCUCGGCUUUAGCGAUUACAUUCAGGAUGUGCUCGCUGUGGCAGAGGAGCACAAGGAGCAGCUGAAGUCUCGAGAAAAGAAGCAGAGCAAGAUGGAGCAGAGCGGAUUGUCCGAAGAGGAGCUUUUGCGACAGCAACAGGAACUGUUCCGCUCCGCGACCGAGAAAUACCACGCCGCCCCUGAAUAAAUGCCCUGGGAUUUACACAUACGUGGAGUUCAUGCCGUUUUGCUCGUGCUGGUCAUAGAGGGAAUUGGUUCUGGAGUUAAUGUUGCCUGAUUUUUUUGUCUUUGAAAGAAAGAAAAGUCCUCGGAGUUCAGGUGGCUGGGGAUUCAAUCCAUAGCUUGUUGACAGGUGGGCGGGUUCUUUUAUUCUUGCGCUUUGUGUUCUGUGUUGUUUAGUACAGCAGUUGAAUUGAUACCUUUUUUC